UCCCGCGCGCCGCGGCGCGGGCCGUAAGUUAUGGAGCCAUUAACAGUGGAGCCCAUCACCACAUGUCUCUCUCCCUCAGUGCAUGAUAUGAUCUGUAAACUUGGGUUUGAAGGCAGAGAUGACUGUGACAUCAGCAGCAUCGUGGCUCAGCAUGGGGAGGUGUGCUGGAGAAAGAUCACUGGCUGCGUGAGCUACUACUCCGACCAGAGUCUGGAUUACCGGGGAACCGUGAAAAUGCUGGGUCCUGUGUGUGCAGCCGUCCAUUCCCACCUCCUGUCUCUGACCAAGGUGCAGUUUGAAGUUGGAUAUACACCAUGGCUUCAGUGGACAAGCUUUCCAGAGUUAUUUGCUGAAAUAUUUGAUGGAUUGAAAAGUCUGCAAUCUCCUGCCAUUUCUCUUGGCUUAAUGAAACUGACAUCGUGUCUGGAACGAGCCUUGGGUGACGUAUUUUUACUGGUUGGGAAGGAAUGCCCCUUUCUUUUAAGAGACCUUCUUGCCUCUGAGGAGCUUGCAGAAGUGUUUGGGCAGUCAGUGAUGAAUGUACUAAAAGUCUUCCUCGGCUCUCCACGGGGUCUCAACCUGCGUAAUAUCUUAUGGCAUGGAUUUGUAUCGCCACAAGAAAUUCCUCCAAAAUACUGUUCAAUGAUGGUCGUGUUGACAGCAGGACUAGGCCAAUUACUGGAGAAUUACCUUCAGCAAACAAAGUUGACAUUCACACCCCGGUCUUAUGUGACUCUUACAAACUUUGAAGAUUUGAUUGUUUUUCCUGAUGUAACUCACGAGGUGCUUUUGGUAUUAGAAGAAGUGAUGACAAAGUCCACUUUCAUAUUAGAAAUCAUGUCACCCUAUUGGGAAAUUGCAGUGACCACGUUCAAGGCACACAGGUUUGCUGACUGUGCCAUGUUGUUACUGACACAACUGGAGACUGGACUCAGGAGAGUUUUCACCACAGUUAACAAAUGUCCACAGAGACUCCUGACUGCUGAGUCAACAGCUCUUUAUACCACCUUUGAUGAAAUUUUGGCGAAACACUUGAAUGAUGGUAAAAUCAAUCAGCUUCCUCUUUUCCUUGGAGAGCCUGCUAUGGAAUUUCUCUGGGAUUUCCUAAACCAUCAGGAGGGUCCCCGUAUAAGAGACCGUUUAAGCCACGGGGAGAUUAACUUGCGUGACUUUCCAAAGGUGGUGACAAACCAGCUGCUUGCGUUUUCCCUUGUCCUCUCACUCAGAUUCGUUGAUGAAGAUCUGUUGUCUGCUUUUCAGGAAAAAGCAGAAAUAAAGUUGCUGAUUGGUCUUACAGAAGGCUAUGUGUCUCGUUGCCAUCCAGUUUCUCAGCUUAAAAAGCAGGUGCUGCGCUGUGAGGAGAGCAUUGGAGCAUGGCCACUGCUGCUGGGUCCUGAGGAGCCUGUCCAAGAGGCAGCCAGAUUAGUGGAUAAUUCUGAAACAAAUGCCUGCUACUCCUUAAUUACAAAGAUCAUGUGUGAGCUCCAUCAGCACAUGCCCGAAAGCCCUCACAUGCUCAGGGAUGCCGGUAAACUCCCUGCUGAGAGGUGGCCCCAGGUGCUGGGUAGACUCUGCAGCACACCCAUCCCCACACUGUUCUGCCCAAGGGCUGUCCUGGAGGUGGUGGCCGUGCUCCGGCGCAUCAGCACACAGUGCCAGCAGGUGUCUAGCCAGGUCAUUCUCUCCUUGGAGCUGAGGCACCGGAAGUGGGUGGAGAGGACUCUUCGGUCCCGCCAGCGGCAGAACUACCUGCGCAUGCUCAGCAGCGUUAGGCUUCUGUCUCCCAUGCUUUCCCUGAUCUUACUGCUUGUCACAUUGGAAUUGGUCAACAUUCAUGUUGUUCAUGGAAAAACUGCCUGUGAAUGUCAGCAGUACCUGAAGUUCUUAAAGUGGAUCUUGCAGUAUACAGAGAACCUGGUGGCUUACACUAGCUGCGAAAAGAACAAGUGGAAUGAAACUGUCAGCCUCACAUACACAGUACUGUUGAAAAUUUGGACUUUUAGUGAGAAGAAACAAAUGUUGAUACAAUUAGCAAAAAAAUCCACAAAUAUACUCUUAUGAAAA